AAAUCUGGCAGUGUCCCAACUUCAGACAAUGGACGCAAGAAGUGUCUUCCCGUGUUUUGACGAACCUAAUUUUAAAGCCAAGUUUACACUGUCCAUAAUAUACCAGACAGGAUACACGGCCCUAACAAACAUGCCCCCUGUUUCAACGACUAUACUCAGUUCAGAUUGGCUCCAGACGGACUACCAGACCACACCUGUGAUGUCUACCUACCUGUUGGCGAUUGUGGUGUCGGACUUCAAGUCAAGGAACUAUACCUUUGACAAUGGCUAUGAGCUGAGAAUCUGGGCUCGACCAGACGCCUACAGUCAGACGGAGUAUGCUCUAGAAUUUGCUAAAUCAUGUUACGGCUUCUUCACGGAUUAUUUUGGAACUGCUGAUGUAGUGCCCAAAGCAGAUCACGUUGCGGUGCCCGACUUUAGCGCCGGAGCCAUGGAAAACUGGGGCCUGGUCGUAUAUCGGGAGACUGCUCUGCUUUACGACCGUCACGUGUCAUCCAGCCACAACAAAUAUACGGUGACGUUCAUCGUUGCUCACGAGAUUGCACACACGUGGUUCGGUAACAUUGUCACCAUGCAGUGGUGGGACGAUCUCUGGCUCAACGAAGGCUUUGCUAGUCUGCUCAUGUACGUCGUCAUGGACUCCAUUUAUCCUCACUGGAACGUGUUUGCCAUCGUUAUUGUGGACGACAUAUUGCCGGUGAUGGUGGAAGACGCACUGACAACCUCACACCCGGUGUCAUCUAAAAUAGACAACCCUGAAGAAAUACCUCAGCAUUUUGAUAGCAUCUCAUACAACAAGGGAAUGGCAGUUCUAAGAAUGAUGAUGGAUUUUGCUGGGUCCGAGAAGUUCCGAAAUGGGCUACGUCUGUACAUAGAACGGUACCGAUUCAAAAAUGCUGACAUGGCUCAACUAUGGGCUGUGUUUACAGAGUCCUUCAACCACACCUACGACGUUCCCAAGAUCAUGGACACCUGGACACGUCAGAUGGGCUACCCCAUGGUCACUGUAGAGGACACCGGUGGUCAGUUCGUCCUGCAUCAGAAACGUUUCUUGCUGGACCCAAAAAUGGCUGGAGUUGAGGAGAAGGAAGUCAAUCCAUUUGGAUACAAGUGGUACAUCCCAUUCACGUAUAUCUCACAGGAUUUCCCUAACGACAAGAAGACAGUCUGGCUUAACCUAGCAACAGCGACAAUCCCAAAACCUGUUAACGGAUGGUUGCUAGGGAACUACCAAGUGGUCGGGUUUUUCAGGGUAAUGUAUGACCGCAAAAUGUGGGGAAUGUUGGCUGACCAGUUGAUGAGAAACCAUACUGUGAUUCCAGAAGCCAAUCGGGCAGGUCUUAUUGGUGAUGCUUUUGCGUUUGCCAGGGCCAAUUUGUUGGAAUAUGACGUGGCACUGAAUUUAACCAGAUACCUGAAAAAAGAACUGAGUUACAUUCCCUGGCAAGCCUUUGUCCACUCCAUCGAGUUCAUCAAGGGUAUGAUGGCCAAUAGAGCGGCCUAUGUUCAGCUGCAG